AUGAGUGUCUUGGUCAAUAUGGAGGGCGUGAAGAGUCGUGUGAGGGCAGCAGAACGGAGUUGCAACAGUAAUAUAUGUUUGAAUGGUGGAACGUGCCUGGUCGAUGAAGUGCAACGAAAUUUUCGUUGUGUAUGCCCGAGUGGAUUUGCUGGGAGUUUAUGUCAGGAAGUCUGCUCAUUAAAAUGUAAUGAGGGUCAUUGCGUAAGAGGACCAACAGGAUCAGAACAUUGUGCCUGCAAACCUGGCUUUUACGGGAAACAGUGCGAAAUCCAAGGCGACCCAACUGACGUUUGCACUAAUGAUACAGACUGUGAAACGGGUUUUAGAUGUAUGGAUAAUGGAGCCGGCGAAACUGUAUGCACCAAAGACCCAUGCGCCACCGCACCUUGCGCCCCAAAUGCAAAAUGUAUAGUGGAGCAGGAUGAUUUCCGUUGCGAAUGCGGUACCGGAUUUGCCGGCCGUCUUUGCGACGCGGAUAUCAAUGAAUGCGAGUUGACCCCAUGCAAAAACGGUGGCACCUGCAUCAACACGGAAGGGAGCUACGAAUGCAAAUGUACUGAUGGGCUGCAUGGUCCGUUCUGCGAAGAUCUACCCAGUCAAUGCGCCCCAAAUCCUUGCAAUAACGCCGGGCAAUGUGUUGAACUGCUAGACGGCUUCAAAUGCUUGUGUCAAGACGGUUUUGAUGGGCCUACAUGUAAUGUUAGGACGUCCACCGAUCCCUGCAGCCCAUCCCCAUGUAAAAACCACGGGCAAUGCGUGGCUGCUGGGCAAAGUUCAAGCUGCCUUUGCACUCCAGAAUACACGGGCGCUACUUGUAGUGAGCUAGCGGAAUGUUCUGUGGAUGGACACCCAUGCCAAAACGGCGGGAAAUGCAUUCAAGGAUUGGCGGUGAAUACAUGCCAAUGUGACUCUGGGUUUAAUGGAAAGUGGUGUGAGGUGCCGGGGAUGCGGAAGUGGCCAAAUGUUUGCGAUGGGAUUGUUUGUCAAAAUGGGGGCUCUUGCGAUCCCAUUUCCGGAAGCUGCACCUGCAAACCCGGAUUUUCUGGUUCACUUUGUGAAAAGAAAACCUCAACAAUCACAUCAGAACCUUCAACCCAAAACCCAGACCAAUAUACGUUGGUGCAAUGUGCCGAGUGUGUCCAUUCACAUUCUUGCCUCGAGCUGGAGACCGGAUCACUUUGUGUGUGCAUGAAAGGCUACAUUGGGCCCACCUGUUUUCUCACUAAUCAGGCGUGUAAGGAUAUCGAAUGUGACCCAUCGCAGCAGUGCUUGACCACGCAGAGUUUGAAUGGCACUGUGGAGGCAGCUUGUGGAUGUGCAGUUGGAAGAGGCGGGCCAAAAUGCCAGCAAGACGCCGCAACAACUUUCUCGGCUCAAUCCCUCUACGUCUAUCAAAGCCCAUCCGUGAUGGUUGGCUCGUCCUCCGGCCCACUACCGUACUCCCUGGAUUUAGCCGUACGCUCUACAGUACCUGAUUCGCAUAUUGCCACCGGAGAAAAUAUCUUUGGCCAAAGACUCUUCUCCAUUUUUAUCAGGAGCGGCCGUCUGGUUGCAAAUAUUUCCGGGACUGCAUAUUAUAACAUGCUCCCAAUCGGUAUCAACGAUGGAACAUGGGUGAAAAUUCAACUCAAGAAAACCGCCAAUGACUUCUUGAUCCGGGUCAUUGAAGAAAACGGGUUUGAAGUGCUCUACAAAGAAGUCCCCAGAAAUGCAAUGUUUGAUGUCUUUACGACAAGAAUUGGCCGAAUAUCUGAAUACGAAUAUUUCACCGGUUGCAUCACUGACGUGGUGAUCGAUGGAAAUCCUGUAAAUAUCGCCAACAGCAAUCGAGCCGUUUCUGUAAAACCAGGAUGCUCUCGAGUCCCUCAAUGUACUGAUGGCGCUUGUGCAAACGAAGGAACUUGCGUAGACCUUUGGUCAUCAUUCGAAUGCAAAUGCAAACCACCAUUUUUGCCGCCAUCAUGCUCAAAUCAACUUGAGGGCCACACUUUUGGUAGCGAAGGCAUGGAAAGCAGGGCGGUUGUGUUGAUAGAUGCAGAUAAUGCCAAAAAUCUACAGGCCACAACAGAUGUCCAAUUCCUACUGAAGACUAACAAGCUAAAUGGAGCUAUGGUCUUUAUGGGCGAUAGUCUCCAGGAUGAUGUUGGAACUUUCUUGUCAGCCGGGCUAGAAGAAGGUCACGUAGUCGUGCGGUCCAGAGCUGGUGGAAAAAAUGUUAUGAGGCUUCAGGCCGGGAAGUUUGUCGCCGACAAUGAGCCCCAUGUCGUUAGGGUGGAAAGGACAAACCGUCACGUCGUGUUAUACGUCGACGAUGAACUUCAAGCUGAAUCCGAUAUCCCAGUCCGAUUUGAUCACCCAUUAUUUGUCGAAAAAGCAGUAAUUGGAAGCAUUAAAGAAACGAACCCAGAUGCUUUUGAAUCUGCGGAAAGCUUCAAGGGCUUCAUGCAAGACUUACAAGUCAAUGGGCAUUCCAUUGUUCUGAAGGGAAGUCCGAACUUUGAAGUGAAGACGAUCGGAUCGACUAUUAUUGCUGAUAACGUCCUAACAGGACUUGUUUCUGAUGACGUCUGCCAGCAAACAAAGCCAUGUGCCUAUGGAAAAUGCAAAAAUACAUUUAAUGACUUCAAAUGUGAAUGCGAGCCUGGAUGGAUGGGAAAAAAAUGCAACACAAAAGAUCACUGCUCUGACAAACCGUGCGAGGAAGCCGCGACCUGCAUAAAUUCGCAAGGAGGAUAUUUAUGCACAUCUCCUGCCACUUUCACCAAUACCUCGUUCAUCCAAUACGAUCUACAGCUACCAAAAUCUGUUCCCCAAACGAUUAUGAACAAACUAAAAUUCUCGUUGCGGACUUCAUCGACGGAUGGAUGGAUUUUGCAAACGUCGAUGCCACAAUAUUCCGUGUUCAUCUACGGCGGGCGAUUGGCAUUGAGCAGCAACGGUGGCUCGCAUACUAUUCGACAACCUGUCAACGACGGACGAUGGCAUGAUAUCCAAAUCCAAGGAAAUGUGGCGCAAAUUGAUGGAAAGAAAUACGGCCUUCCGGAAUCUGUACGAUUCAACGGAGCCGUUACUGUUUCCUCGCUUCGACUCGGAAAAAGCGACGAUAAGCCUGGAUUCCGGGGUACAAUUGCGAACAUGACAAUCGGAGACUCGCUGCCCUUAUCCUUCUACAGACCCGAAAAAUCAGGAAAUUAUUCGCCUCAAGAUACAUAUUGGGCGGCGAAAGCUUGGAAUAAGGUUGAACGUCAAGUCUUUGAUUCGAACGUUUGCCUGGUUAGCCCAUGCAAAAAUGGAGGGCAGUGCCGGGAUCAUGUGGAUAAAUUUAUGUGCGAUUGUCCAUCUGGUUUCACCGGUGAACGCUGCGAGAUCAACGAAAAUGAAUGCGACGCGAAGCAUUGUGCGAACGGCUAUUGCCUAGAUGGCUUGAAUUCUUUCCAAUGUGUAUGUGACGGAAAGUGGAGCGGAACGUACUGCGAUGCCCCAUACGAUUUUUGCAAACAAAAACCCUGCAAAAAUGGAGGGAAAUGCAUCAAUACAAAUGGUACCUACACUUGUGGAUGCAAGGACGGUUGGAUGGGACAGAAUUGUGAUAUCGUAAAAACGACGAGCUGUAAGGAUAAACCGUGCAGGAAUGCGGGGAAGUGUCAGCAAGUUGAGGGUUCGGUAGUGUGCGAAUGUCCGAAAGGAUUUGCGGGGCCACUUUGUGACGUUUACGUAUCACCAUGUGAAGAGCGGCCAUGCAAGAAUGGUGUAUGCAAAGAAAGUGGAGAUUCGUAUGUAUGCGAAUGUUCAGCUGGAUAUGCUGGAAAACACUGCAACGAACUCCUAACCGCUUGUGGCUCAACCUCACCAUGUUCACGAGGACGUUGUGAAGACGUCUGGAAUGGAACGAUCUGCCAUUGUGACAAAGGAUGGCAAGGAGGAGACUGCUCCGUCGACAUCAAUGAGUGUCUGGCUGUACCCUGCGAAAAUGACGCUGAAUGUGUGAAUAGUGAUGGAGCAUACCAGUGCAAGUGUCGCAAGUAUUACUUGGGCGACAACUGCGAGGUGGCUGGGUCAUGUUUGUCGGAACCUUGCAAGCAUGGUGAAUGUGUUCAAGUGCGACAUGAUGAACAUCAGUGCAAAUGUCACAACGGAUUUGAAGGAGCUAAUUGUGAUCAACAAAUCAAUUAUUGCAAAAAGAGCCCUUGCCAAAACGGUGGCACCUGCGAGAACCUAAUCGGCGAAUACAAAUGCCACUGCAUCCCAGGAUUCGCGGGACCGGACUGCGAGGUUGAUAUCGAUGAAUGUGCAUCCAGCCCUUGUCAAAACCAUGGUGGCUGCAAGGAUCGGGUCGCCGAUUAUGAAUGUAUUUGCGAUGCUACUGGCUACAAUGGUAAAAACUGUACCGAGGAUAUUGAUGAAUGCCUCGUACCAUCGAAUUGCAUUCAUGGUAUGUGUACAAAUGCACCUGGGACAUAUCGAUGUCACUGUGAAGAAGGUUUUGUUGGAGGGCGAUGCUCGGUAAAAGAUCCCUGUAUUCCGGACCAGAACAACAAGACGUUACACAACUGUGUACACGGGAUGUGUUCAAAUCCAGGCGUCAAGAUCGAGUCUGGCCGAGAACUUGCUACUCAUGAAUGUGCAUGUUAUCGUGGGUAUUCAGGUCCAGUAUGUUCUGUGGAGAUGGCCGAACGGCGACUUGCCGUCGGUUAUAUCCUUGGGCCAUUGGUGGCUGUGUUGCUGGUGUUGUGCUUGCUGGGCUGUGCCCUGUUCGUCUUCGUCUUAAAGGGAAAACGCGCCACCCACGGCCACUACAGCCCAAGCAACCAGGAGAUGCACGGAGCCAGAUUACAGAUGAACUCGAUGAUAAAACUACCACCAGAAGAGCGCUUAAUU